UCAGCAUCCACUCGCAGCUCUCCCUGAAUUCUCAUGAAACAGCACGUUUACCCUUAUUUGGAGAUAUAUUUUUAGACCGCUUUUGACAGUUUAAAAAAAGGGAUUAUUUCUGAUGGAACAAUAGACAAAAUCUUCUCAACAAUACGACUCUUUGGACCAGGUGCAAAUGGAUGGAGCGAGGGAGACAGCAGCAGAGGAUGUCAUCUCGAUGGCUGAUUCCUCAUUCACGCUUGAGGACAUUGAAGGGGAGCUGUUCAAAAUUGAGAGAACGCGAAACAUCCUCGUGCGUCGAGAAUCCGAGCUGAGAUACAUGAUGGAUGACAUCCAGCUGUGUAAUGAAAUUACAAGGCUGAAGCGGGAGCUGCAAAGUCUGGUCUCAAUUCCAGACCAAGACAAGUCCAGGGAGGACAGGGAGAGGGAGGAGGAGCUGCUGCGGCAGAUCAACAAACUGGUGGAGACCAGGGACUUCCUUGUUGAUGAUGUGGAGUUUGAGAGGCUCAGAGAAAGAGAAGAAGAUAGAGAAAUGGCAAACUUCUUGGAGUCCAAAUUUCCCAAGACUUUGGGGACAAAAAGUGCUCAGCAAGAUCAGAAAGUGGUGUCCAAAUCCCCUCGUACAGCAGCGCCAUUUAUCACGAAAACUGGACUAACGCUACUGAAAGACUGCUGCGGCUUCACAUGCUCCGUCAUGUAACACAUUUCUGGAACAUGCGUUCACCUUCAAGCUUUGCUGUUUGGAAAAGCUUUCUUCAGUGAGAAUGUUGAAUGUCCACAUUCUUUGUACGGUGGUGUGAAAACGUGUUUGCACCCUUCCCGAUUUCUUCUUUUUUUUCCCAUGUUUGUCACAAUUAAAUGUUUCAGAUUAUCAAACAAAUUCAAAUAGUAGUCAAUGAAAACACAACUCGACACAAAAUGCAGUUUCUGAAUGAAAUGUUUUAUGAUUAAGCGAGAAAAAAAAAUCACUUUUGCACACAGGGCCAUGUAGGUUUGGAUUUUUUUUCUCCCUGAAUAAUAAAAAGUUUCAUUUAAAAACUGCUUUUGUGUUCAGUUGUGUUGUGCUCAGUUGUUGUGUUGU